UUUCAGCGAUAUCUGGUUGAUGCAUACACAAAAAUUGAAGGAAAUGAACUGAACUACAUCAGAACCCAUCAAAGACAAAUGAGGGUAGAAUCAUAUCAAGGUCUCAUGGAUCAUGUACACAGGUGAGCUCAAGCUGAAAAUGCAAAUGUUGGCCGAAUCGUCAUUCUUCCUUCAAGUUUCCAAGGAGGUCAGCGAAAUAUGUAUCAAAACUACCAAGAUGCAAUGGCUAUUGUAACAAAAUAUGGUAAACCUGACAUCUUCCUAACCAUGACUGCAAAUCCAAACUGGCCUGAGGUGAGAGAAAAUCUCCUUUCACACCAAACAGGCAAUGACAGGCCAGAUGUUAUCAGUCGUGUCUUUCACCUGAAACUCAAGGAACUUUUAUGUGAUCUUCUUCGAAGGAAUGUUUUGGGAAACGUGGUUGCAUAUGUUUAUACAAUUGAGUUUCAGAAAAGAGGCUUGCCACAUGUACACAUGGUUCUCUUUCUCUCAGAUGCUGAUAAACCACAUGCAGCAGAAGAUGUUGAUAGGUUAGUAUCUGCAGAGAUUCCAGAUCCAGAACAAUUCCCAGAUUUCCAUGAAGUGGUUAAGAAACACAUGAUCCAUGGACCUUGUGGUGAACUGGAUCCACACUGUGUUUGCAUGCAAAAUGGGGAAUGCAAGAAGAACUUUCCAAAAGCAUUAGCACAGGAAACAAUGUUUGAGGUUCGUGGGUACCCUGAGUACCGACGACGAGGUAAAUGACUCCUGGGUGGUUCCUUACAAUCCUCACCUUCUCAUGAAAUUUAAUUGCCACAUGAAUGUAGAAGUUUGCAGCACAGUCAAAAGUGUCAAGUACAUCUUUAAAUACAUUCACAAAGGUAAUGAUUGUGCACAUGUUGAAAUUAGAGAGAACAUUUUGCACCAUGAUGAGAUUCUCCAGUAUCUUAAUGCAAGAUAUGUUGGACCACACCAGACAGUGUUCAGGGUCAUGCAGUACAAAAUGCAUGACAAAAGUCACAUCAUCAUACGGCUUGCAGUGCAUCUUCCUCUACAACAUAAUGUUUAUUUCCAAGAAGGAAACGAGGAAAGGGUUCUUAAUGUGAACCCAAACACAACAUUAACUGCAUGGUUUCAAAAUAAUCAAGAUGACGAAGAUGCUCAACAGUAUCUUUAUACUGAAGUUCCAGAGCAUUACACUUUUCAUCUGAGGACAAAGAAAUGGAAAAAAAGACAACGUGCUGCAAGGUCCAUUAUUGGCAGGCUUUAUCAAGUUCAACCUACAGAUCCACAAAGGUAUGCCCUUCGACUACUUUUGCUUCACCGCAGAGGGGUCACAUCCUUUGAAGACAUAAGAACCAUUGAUGGACAGCUGUAUGACACAUUCAAGGAUGCAGCAAGAGCAAUGGGUCUGCUAGAAGAUGAUGCUGAACACAGACGUUGCUUAGAAGAGGCCACAAUCAUGAAUAUGCCUUCACAGAUGAGACAGCUGUUUGCUACACUGAUGGUAUUUCAAACUCCAUGUGACAUCAGGGACCUCUUUAAUGAAUUCAAGGAACUCAUGUCUGAAGACUAUGUGAGACAUGAUCAACUUAAUGAUCCAGCCAUUGUAUUCCAAGACAGGCACAUGUAUCUUUGUCUGUGGGAUAUUGAUAAUAACCUGAGGGUUCAUGGUAAAUCAAUCAAAGAUGUUGAAUUUUCAGACGUCCCACAGCUUCCAGACAACUUCGUCCAACCAGGCAACAGAGCUGGCUAUAUUGAUAUUGACACUGAGAGAGAACAAGGAGAGCAAAUGUUACAACUCCUCAACAAUGACCAGCUUCAUAUUCACAACACAAUUAUGGAAGCUAUACAAACAGGAGCUGAACAAAACUGCUACUUUGUAGAUGGACCAGCUGGAACAGAUUGGUGCCACUGUCAUCUUAUUGAGAAAUCUAAAUCCAAAAAAAGGACUCUGCAAUGGCACCCGCCUCAUAGUGCGUGAUUUACAACAACAUCUCAUUUGUGAAGAAAUCAUCUCCCCUGGAUACAGAGGUCAGUAUGUUAUGAUCCCUAGAAUUUCUUUGUCAUCACAAGAUUCUUCUCUUCCAAUUAACAUUGCAAGAGUGCAGUUUCCAGUCAGAUUGGCAUACUGUCUGACAAUAAAUGAAGCACAGGGACAGUCACUUAGGUAUGUUGGUGUUUUCCUUCCUGAACCUGUGUUUAGUCAUGGCCAAUUAUAUGUCGCUAUGUCAAGAGCACAGUCAUUUGCAGGGCUUAAAGUUUUCACAACAAAUGGUCGCUUAACCAGUAACAUUGUUUACCGUGAAGUUCUGGCCUAAACAGAUGUCAUCAGAUUACUGUUUAUAUUUUAUGUAUAGAUGGAAACUAGCUAUUUGUCAUAAAAUUAUGGUGACAUUCAAAAUUAAUGAAUAUGAGAAUACAACAUCCAACCUGAUUCUUAAUAGAAUGUCAUAUCCAGAUAACAACUGGAGCAUUUUUAAAUACCUAGAUUCUUUGAGGCUGCACACCAUUUAUCCAGUGGUGCACCUGGUGAGCUCAAAGGUCCUACAUGUACACAUUCAGUCCUACUUUUUGUGUCUUGUUUGCAUUUCGGUGCCACAACAGCUCACAUUUUGUUAUUGGAAGAUACACUUGCACCUCAUGGUGUUCAGUGAGCUCAUGGACCUUGCAUGUUGAUAAUGUCAGUUCUCAUGCAGCACUUUGGUGCCCAAAAUGAGCUCAAGUUUUUAGCUUAAAAUGCUUCAUUUGUCAUGGUGCACCAUAUCAAUCUAUUGAUCAAUAAAAGUGCCAGGCUCUCUUUGAUUUUUUGAUGAUGAUAACAAGACGGUUUUACUGGAUUCCUCUUGUACAUUGGUGCACCUGGUGAGCUCAAAGGUCCUACAUGUACACAUAUACUACUGUUUGUGUCUUGUUUGCAUUUCUGUGCCUCAACAGCUCACACACAUUGUUAUAAGGGGAUACACUGUAUCUUGCACCUUAUGGUGUUCAGUGAGCUCAUGGACCUUGCAUGUUGAUACUGUCAGUUCUCAUGCAGCACUAUGGUGCCCAAAAUGAGCUCAAAUUUUAGCUUGAAAUGCUUUGUUUAUCAAGGUGCACCAUAUCAGCCUAUUAGUUAUAUAUCUUUGUUCAGAAAAACAGCAAGUGAUCUAUAAAAUGUUCAACUAAUACAUCUCUUCUUGAACCACAUUUAUCAUUGGCCAACUUAAAUGGAAAUUGAACUACCGUUAACAAAUCACUGAAUGAAUAAACUACUCUACCUAUAUUUAGCUCUAUCUGUAAAUAAUUAAGAACUUCAUUGCAAAUAAUUGAUGUUAAUAUUCUACUCCGAUCUUUUUAUAUAUCUUAGUUGUUAGCAUUUUCUAUUACAUUUAUAUUUAUAACUGUCAAUCUCUAUAUCGAUACUAAAUUUUGAUAUAUUAUCCUUGAAAUAUGUACAAGAGUUAUGCUUUGCCAUGUUCCUCAAUGUUGCCUAGGGGAACAUGUAUUUCCUUCUCAGUGAUGACUGCAGUAAGAAACGUUUCCUUUGUUUCAAAUAACGAAAACUGUAUUUUAAUAGCCAGUCAACUUUGAAAAUGGUAAUUUCAAUUAAUGUUCAUGUUCAUUAUUGUAACUGUUAUAAAACCCUGCAGUUUUCACCCAAAGAAGGAAAACUCAAACAAAGGAUGCUCCUUGACGUGGUGUUUGAGCUUUAAACUAAUGCAUCCGGCAAUAUUUCAACAACUCAGAUUUAGAUCUUGCCCUGGUAAGCAUCUUUUUUAUUCUUUUUCAGGUAUCAUCUUUUUACCUCGCAGAUUCUUUACUGUGCUACUUUCACAUCUGGUAGAACAGUCACAAGACUGGCAACUUAAUACCCAAAGAAGUGGAGUUUUUUUAUCACGUCACCACUAAAGGGGCACAGAGAUGCAGGGCCUUCCCAACGAAAAUGAUUACAUUUUCGAUGAUGAUACGUUUCUUGCUAAUACUAACAUCAAGGGUAACUCUGGCAAAUAUUUGAACAGGGACAGGGAUUUAUUGUACGAGGGCAAAUGUGAAAUUCAUUUCGACUUAGUUUACUGUAAAUAAUAAUAACAACAAUAAGCCCACAAAAUGACUAGCAAUACGUUUAGAGCUGCACGAUUUGUUUUGAAUAGGGCAUUACUUCCCCUACUAUAUCUAAUUAGUAGCUACGCCUUCUACGAAAUUCAAUAAAUAGCACUAUCUACUAUACUAAUAUCAUAUACUAUUGAACAUUUAUUCUAAGAUGUUGUGUAAUCUCAUUUGCCUGUUUUAGAUUGGAAUUACUUUGCAUGCUCUAUUUAAUUAGUAGCUACGCCUUCUACAAAUGGCAAUAAAUAGCAAUGUCGUAUACUAUUGAACAUUUAUUCUAAGAUGUUGUGUAAUCUCGUUUGGCUGUUUUAGAUUGGAACUACUUUGCAUGCUCUGUUUAGUUAGUAGCUAUGCCUGCUACUAAUGGUAAUCAAAAGCACUACGGUAUUCUAUUGAAAAUGUAUUCUUAUAUAUUGUGUAACCACGUUUAUCUGUUUCAAAGGUGAAUUACUUCGCAUUUUCAAAUGGGAAUUACUUUGCAUACUCUUUUUAAUUAAUAGCUACACCUACCAAAAACGGCAAUUACUUAAUGAGUCUACC